AUAGUUCUCACUCCAUUAGGCGAGCUGAGUGGCUUGCGCCAAUUUACUUUGACACUGUAGUCGCUCGCUAGCACGUGCGUUGGACGCGCGUCUCCUCCAUCUUGCAACGUCUAAUUUUGGCGCCAACAUUUUUGAUUUACAAAUAAUUGUUUUUACAAUAACUACAGGGUAAUAUUUAGAAGAUCUAUUGUAAAUUAUAAUAAGUGUUUACAGUGCAAUUUAGGAGUUAUGAAGAUGACGGUUAAUCGAAUAAGAGUUGUAGUGCUCGGGAGCGCCCGGUCCGGUAAAUCGGCGGUGGUAGUGAGGUAUUUGACCAAGCGGUACAUCGGAGAAUACAGUUCUACUGGCGAUUUUCUCUACCAACAUCGAGUAGCGUUUGAUGGUGCUACUUCAGAAGUAGAAGUGUUGGACACGUGUGGAUGUGCGAAACGAGGAUGUUUGCCGGAGCAUUUGCGUUGGGGCGAUGCAUUCGCGGUGGUGUACUCUGUUUGCGACCGGCGCUCUUUCCUGGCCGCGGCUGAGCUCCUGGCUCUGUUAGAGAGGACGAGACUGCCGGGCUGCGCAGCCGUAACACUGCUAGGAAAUAAAAGAGACCUGGAACAUGCAAGGUGUGUCAAAGCUGAAGAAGGUCAAGAGCUGUCGUUGCGUUUCGGUUGCCAAUUCUACGAGGUGUCUGCGGCGGAGUCGUGCGCGGGUGCAGCGCUCGCUUUCCACGCGCUGCUACGGGAGGCACGCUCUUUGGCGCUACUGCUGCCAACACCGCGCCGCAAACUUGCCGCAUAUUCCGUCUCUAAGGUGAUUGGGACGAUUCUCGGUUUGAGCAACAAGAGCGUGAGGAAGAAAAGACCAUCUCUCAGCAUAUGAUUCGGCUCUUGCUGAUCGUAUACUGGAUUUCAUUGUUCACUCCGCGAUAGGAGUAUCUUUUCUUUCUGCGCGAUGCAGAAAACUUUGUUGGAAUGCGGGCCGCGGCUUGGGAGUACGGAAAUGACGUAAGGGAAUCUCGGUAUGAAGCUUUUAAAAUGGCCAAUUUCUACUUUGUAUAAUUCCUUUCCAUUGUUACGAAUACUAUUGUUAUUUUUGUAAAUAAAAUAAUUUGCCAUGCAUGUUUAAUUAUUGAUAAGUAAAUACCACAGUGUGCCUUUAUUUGUACUUUUUUAAGGUUUUCAUGUAUGUCAAAGUUUUAAGAGAUUUCCUUGUUACUGAAUUAAUUUUACUGUUAUUAUAUUAGACUGAUAUCUUAAGAUAAUUUGGAAAUGUAAACUCAGUUGUUAUGGUGAGAAAAUAAUUCGUAAAACAAAAUGUGUGAAAGGUGAAUGUUUGAAGUAUUGAAUUUUGUUUGCGUAUUUAUAUUUUUGAGGACAAAAUAUAUUAAUUUACAAGGUAUUAAAUUCAGGCAAAAAAUUUCAAUGAUUUUAAAAUUUUCCUUUGUAUUUGACAUACGAUUUUUCUUUUUUGGAGUUUUUGUGACACUGAUUUUAGUCUUUGGAUGACACAUUUUGACACAUGAUUGUGAUUUUUUUGUUUAUUAACUUAAAGAUAGUAAGGCAUAACUUUAUUGCGACAAAUAUUCAAGUUUGUUAUCAUGGUAAAUUCCUACGUAAAAGAUUAGUCGAAUAUUUUAUCCAGUUAAUAUGCAAGUAUCAAAGAGUAGACAAAGUCUUAACAUAUUAUGAAUAUUCCUUGAGUUUUCAUUUUCUUAUUUAAUUUAUACCCUAAUGUUAUCCCACCUUAACGUAUUUCAGUCAUAUUAAUGCUGCUAUGUUUUUAAUUUAAGAUUUUGCUUUUAUAUAAAUAAUUCCUGAUACGUGUCAGAUAUUGAAAUAUUUUGAAUUUACAUGUCUCUGAACUUUGAAUACCAUAUGUUUAAUGGUAUUAUUUGUUUUAUGUUAAAUAA